GAAAUAAGCCACGGAAACACAACCAACACCUCCGGCGCGUGCUCCUCCGCCUCCAACCCGACCCCAACCCCGAUUCGCCCCCUCGCCGCCCACCUCGCCGCCGAGCUUGCUCCUCCGCCGGAACCGCCGCCGAGAGCAGCUAAGGAAAACCUAGAAUAGGUGGUGUUAUCUGGCUCUUCGGAUUGCUGUCUAAACAUUUCUUGAUCUUCAUUCAUCAGAAACUUAAGUCAUGAGCUCCCAUCGCGUGAAGUGGAAUGAGGACAAUCUGUAUGAGAUUGAAUCAAACAAGCCAGUGAGGCAGAAGAUAACUGAGCCCAAGACACCGUAUCACCCUAUGAUGGAUGAAGAUGGGUCACUAUCACCAACACGCCCUUUCGACAAGUGUCUAGAUGAGACUGUUAGUGCUGAAGCUAUAUUCACUGCUUUAAAUGGUGUGGCCUCUUCAAGUAAAAAUGAUUCAAAGGAUGAUGAGUGGGCAUCCUCAGAUGAUGAUGCAGAUGCCAUGGAACAGGAUGGUGACUCAGAAGCUGACAAAUCAUCAGUGAGUUUCAAGGAGCAUCGCCGCAAUCACUACGAUGAAUACCGCAAGGUUAAGGAACUGAUGCGCACUGGAUCCCUGGUUGAAGACGAGGCCCAUGCGAAUGAGCGAGGUGCAAACAACAUCCAAGACAAAACCGCGGGAGGAGAACAGGCAACAGGCGACAAGAGCGAAUCGUCAGCGUCACCUCAAGUAUGAGCCACAGCAAAGUGAAUCCUGUGGUCGCUAAGCCUAGGGAAGUUCAACUAAGCGGGAGCACGCAGUUGCGCCUGCUCUGUGUGUAUUGUUUGAUCCUUGUUUUCAUACCAGAUUGGAUGGUUUUCUGUACGCAAAGAACCUGUUCCUCUUUUUUAUUUCGAGAUGUUGCGGUCCUAAAAUGGUGGAGAAUUCUAGUUGAACUAGCUACUUCACGUUCAGUCAAGAGGCUAGAAUUUGUCUCAGGCACUUCUUAUAAUAUUGGAACUGAGUUAUAUGAACAAUCCUUAGCAAAUUUUCUUGGUGA